AUGUUCACUUUCACCGAACUGCGGCUUUUGUGUGCAGAAUCAAUAUUUCUAAAGUACAGCGGAUAUUUUCUACCACUUUUACUUUUCAUACUCACGAAAUAUGUUUGGAAGCGAUUUGCAUGUUCGAGUGCGAACGCGGCUCGAAUUCAAAAAGAGGUCAUUGAUACCAGCAAUAACAUUCAAACCGAUGCAACUAACGACGAAAUUAUCGAAGAUGAGUAUAGGCCACAUUUGCCCGAACUUGAACAUGUUGCAUAUCGUGGAUUGAUCGAGUGGCUGGAUAAAAGCGGCGACAAGUUUUUUAAAUUGGCCAAUGAUCGUCGAAGCAUUCGGAAAUUCGCUAAAAAUAAGCAUGUCGAUAUUGAGGUCAUUGAAAAGUGUAUUUUGGCAGCUGGAACUUCACCGAGCGGAGCCCAUACUGAACCGUGGACGUUUUGUGUGAUACAAGAUGCUCUGAUAAAGCAAGAAAUUCGUGAGAUCAUCGAAGCCGAGGAGUACUUGAAUUACAGCCAACGCAUGUCUAGACAGUGGACAACGGAUUUGAGGCCGCUAAAAACGGAUUUCAUCAAAGAGUAUCUCACCGAUGCGCCAUACUUGAUCAUUGUGUUCAAGCAAGUUUACGGCAUUCGAUCAGAUGGAAUGAAACAGCAGCAUUAUUACAAUGAGAUCUCCGUAUCGAUUGCAACCGGAAUACUUUUGUGUGCAUUACAAAGUGCGGGAUUGAAUUCACUGGUAACAACCCCACUGAACUGUGGCCCUGCCAUUCGAAAUCUAUUGAAUCGUCCGCAAAAUGAGAAAUUACUUGUUCUAUUGCCCGUUGGCUAUGCUGCCGAUGACUGCUGUGUGCCAGACCUUCAACGAAAAUCCCUCAACGACAUUAUGGUCACUUACUAA